AUGAAUGUUAUUUUUGAUAUUUGGCGGAGAGGCGGGAAUCGAGCUGAAGUUAGAUACAAUGGUGCGGGUAUAGAAGUCCUUAUCUCAAUGGCCAUCCUGUCUGCUAUGCUGUUUUGGCCAUCAGCAAGAAACACGAAGAUUGAAUGCGAAACACAGCAGACGAACGUAAGCAUCCAUGUUAUUUUAGUAAUUUUUUGCAAAGUUGGUGUUCGGAAAGUGUUUAUUACCAAAUACUAGCGAUCCAAGUUAUUCGAUCCGUUUUGGAAACUUACCUGAUUACGUUCAUUUUAGCCCUUCAAUGGAUACGAAGUCAGCAAACGAUGUUACGCCCGAGACUUCCUGCUUGUCAGACGGGAAAAAGAGAACUUGAAAUUCACCACUAAAGCAUACCACUACAACUACUUCUACCAUUAUAUGUUUUACAGUUCUUUUUCAAUAGUCAUCAUCAACCUCACCUUCGGCCCACUCACUGUGCAAGGUAGGCCGGUAAUAAUAACGGAAAACUAGAUUUUCUAGGUAAAGCUGCCGUCAAUCUGCUUCGAAAUUUAGACAAUGUCGAGUCUUCCAAUUUCCUUGAAAAGAUAAGUCACAUCAUGCUUUACGAGGGUAUGUUAAUGUACUCAAUAUGCCACCGCUGUACUUUUGCAUUUUUAGGAAGGAAAUACUUCUGCAUCAUGUUUUUGGUAAAAAGAAUGGCUAACGUACUAAUAGCCAUGUUCAAUAUUCAAGUUAUCAGCUUUCUGUUUACGCGCCAGCCAAUAUCUCUGCAGCUUGUACUCGAAAUAGUCGACUACGUAAUCAACAUCCAGCACCGCGAAAUCCCGGUGAUUUUUUCACCCGUAAGUUAAAUUUAAGGACUUUAUUAGAGUUUCUUAUUCGAAAACUAAGCGUUUACGAUUACAGGAUGCGGCCUGCGAGUACACUAGAGUAAGCCAGCCAAACAAAGUACAACGUUAUGUGCACAAUUGUAUUGCAUCCGAAAAUCAUGCAAUGUUUUUGUUAACCUUCUUCAUCUCUGCCUUCGCAACGUGGUGGCUCUUCGCGUGUGCAUCUCGUUUUUUCUCAGGAGCUUUACUUGUUCGAAAAUCCCUGGUAGGUUAACGCUUUUUUACUAUACGUUUUCUUUGUUUAGGCGUCUUCGUCGCUUGUCCCAGACGUUUGCCUCAUGCUACAACUCAUAAACCCAACCACAGCCAGAUCGAUUCGACUGGAACUUGAGAAAGAGAUGUUAAACGCCCGUCUAAUCCAAUGUCAAAAAAAAUUGUGCGACAUUGUUUAA